AUGAGGGAAAUCGUGCAUAUACAAGCAGGCCAGUGUGGAAAUCAAAUUGGAGCUAAGUUCUGGGAAGUUAUAUCAGACGAACAUGGCAUCGAUCCAACUGGCACAUACCACGGUGACUCCGACCUUCAAUUGGAGCGUAUAAAUGUAUAUUACAACGAAGCAACUGGAGGCAAAUAUGUUCCUAGAGCCAUUUUGGUUGAUCUCGAGCCGGGCACUAUGGAUUCUGUUCGCUCAGGACCUUUUGGCCAAAUUUUCCGUCCCGAUAAUUUUGUCUUUGGACAAUCGGGUGCGGGUAAUAACUGGGCAAAAGGCCAUUACACUGAAGGGGCAGAACUGGUGGACUCUGUUCUCGAUGUCGUUAGGAAGGAAGCGGAGGGUUGUGAUUGUCUUCAGGGUUUCCAAUUGACGCAUUCUCUUGGAGGUGGUACAGGUGCUGGGCUGGGAACAUUGCUUAUAUCAAAAAUUAGGGAAGAAUACCCUGAUCGUAUCAUGAAUACCUUCAGCGUUGUUCCUUCUCCCAAGGUGUCUGAUACGGUUGUAGAACCAUACAAUGCCACGUUAUCUGUUCACCAGCUUGUUGAAAAUACUGAUGAAUCGUAUUGUAUCGAUAAUGAGGCUUUGUACGAUAUUUGUUUCCGCACGCUUAAGCUGACUACACCGACCUACGGAGAUCUAAACCACCUUGUAUCAGCAACUAUGUCGGGAGUUACUACCUGUCUAAGAUUCCCUGGUCAGUUGAAUGCUGACUUGAGGAAGUUGGCAGUGAAUAUGGUACCGUUUCCUCGUCUCCACUUCUUUAUUCCUGGAUUCGCACCACUAACCUCUCGCGGCAGCCAGCAAUACCGAGCCCUGACUGUUCCAGAAUUGACCCAACAAAUGUUUGAUGCGAAAAAUAUGAUGGCUGCUUGCGAUCCACGUCACGGUCGCUAUUUAACAGUAGCUGCAGUUUUCCGAGGCCGAAUGUCUAUGAAAGAGGUUGACGAACAAAUGAUGAACAUACAGAACAAGAAUUCCUCUUAUUUCGUUGAAUGGAUUCCCAAUAAUGUUAAGACAGCCGUAUGCGACAUUCCGCCACGAGGUCUGAAAAUGUCUGCCACGUUCAUAGGAAAUUCUACCGCGAUUCAGGAGCUGUUUAAGCGAAUUUCUGAACAAUUUACAGCCAUGUUCAGACGCAAGGCAUUCUUGCACUGGUAUACUGGCGAGGGUAUGGACGAAAUGGAGUUUACAGAGGCUGAGAGUAACAUGAACGAUUUGGUAUCGGAAUACCAACAGUAUCAGGAUGCUACCGCUGAAGAGGAGGGAGAAUUCGAUGAGGAAGAAGAGGGUGGUGAUGAAGGAGACUAG